GGAUGCAGUUCGCAGGCUGUAAAGUGGGCCCCGCUAACGUUACUUAACAGUAACCAUCAGUGCCGUCUCCAGGCCAGGCAUCGUUCGCAGCCGUAGGGACGCUCCCCCGACGGUGCUGUGGGCUGGCCUCUCCAUUCUGGAGCGGCGGAAACCGCGGAGCUUAAGUGAUUGGCUGCGCAGCUGGGGCCCUGGGCGGCAGUCUGGUUUGGGAGUCGGUGCUCUUACCCGCCAGGCUCUGCCGCCUCCUGUUGUUAAUUCUGGCUUCAAGCUACGCGGCAUCCCGGGUUCCUAAUCUCUGAAAUGGUGGGUGUUCUGUUGUCGCCAAGUGCCCUUUCAGAUAGGACACUAGAUAACUCAGAACUGGCGUGGUACCCACUGGAGCUUCAUUUUCGUGCUUGCCAGAUUUAGAAGACUCUGGAGAGUAGAGUAGUAUCAGGGCGUGGAAUCUGGAGAGUAGACGUGUUAUAAGGACCCUUAGAAGACCUUCCAGGCCCCGGGCUCCAGUGGUUUUUGGAGGCACCGCAUCACAAAUCAUGUGUUGAAUAAGUACUCACACCUCGUAUUAAGUAUUUUUGCUGUAGAACUGUUGAAAAAAAUCUGCUUUUGAAAUCAUUGGGUUAUGAAUAUUUCAUUAAAUUUACAAUUGGCUAUGCUUUCUUGCUAGUUAUCAUGCAUACUGUGAAAUGCUUUUCUUCAAAAACAGAAAUGCUCAUGGAUAGUAAACGUGAGAAUGGCAUUGACAGUGUUAUUUUUUGUGUUGGGUAUGGCUGUCUCAGGGGUUACAGACUGUGUGGGCAGAGUGCCCCCCACCGGACCGCCCCCUCUCCCACCUCCUGAGCCUGGCCUUUGUGUAGCAGGUGUUGGUUCCGGGGGCAGCAGCUCCUGCCUUUUCCUGCCCUGCUGCCCAUCCGUAGCAUGACUCAUCAGUACAUCCCAUGACUCUGGCUGCUGGUAAAGCACUUAACUUUUUAAAAAUAUUUUAUUUUUUUUGUAAAACACUUUAAUGCCAGUAUAUGCCACCCCAGCUCCAAAGUCUGCUGUGGUGGGCGGAGGGGACUGUGUCAGUCUGUUUAGUAAGCGAGUAGUGCUAUCCUCUGUUGGUGAUACUGAGAUGUAUGAAAGAGAGUUCCUGUUCUCUGGCAGCCGUGGCAUAGACACACAGGAGUGUAACGUUCUGAGAGCACCAGGGCAGAGACCGGGGAGGCCUGGAGUGGGAGACACUGGAAAGGAAGAUGAGAAAACAAGCUCAGAGAGAUUAAAUUACUUACCUAAGAUACCAUUUGCUGGUAAGUGGCAGAGCCAGUAUUUGAGCCCAGGUAUGUAUGACUAUAGCUCUUUUGCCCAUUUGCUUUGCUACCUCAAAGGUCCAGGCCUGAGGUGUGCAUGUGUACCAUUUUCUGUGUUUUGACUCCAGAUACUCAGUUUUACCUCAUUUCUGUAUGUUGUCAUCUCGUGUACACCUGCUCCCCACAACGGUUCAGCUGGUCCGUUCCCUGAUCAGCACUUCUUCCCGUUCCUUCAUGGAUUUGAAGGCUCUCCUUUCCUCCUUGAAUGACUUUGCAUCCCUCUCAUUUGCUGAGAGUUGGGACAAUGUUGGAUUACUGGUGGAACCAAGCCCACCACACACUGUAAACACACUCUUCCUGACCAAUGACUUGACCGAGGAAGUGAUGGAGGAGGCGCUGCAAAAGAAGGCGGAUCUCAUUCUCUCUUACCAUCCACCUAUUUUCCGACCCAUGAAGCGCAUAACCUGGAAAACCUGGAAGGAGCGCCUGGUGAUCCAGGCUCUGGAGAAUAGAGUUGGUAUUUACUCUCCUCACACAGCCUAUGAUGCUGCACCCCAGGGAGUCAACAGCUGGUUGGCAAAAGGGCUUGGAGCUUGCACCUCCAGGCCCAUACAUCCUUCCAAAGCUGCCAGCUGCCUCACGGAGGGAACGCACAGAGUAGAAUUCAGCGUUAGCCACACCCAAGACCUGGGCAAAGUCAUUUCUGCAGUGAAAGGAAUUGCAGGUGUUUCUGUCACUUCUUUUUCUGUUAGGACUGAGGAUGAAGACCAGACACGGAUCAGUCUGAAUUGUACUCAGCAGGCUUUGAUGGAGGUUGUGGCUUUUCUGUCCCAGAACACACAGCUUUAUCAGAAGACUGAAAUUGUGUCACUGGAGAAGCCUCUGCUUCUGCAUACUGGAAUGGGACGGUUAUGCACACUGGAAGAAUCUGUCUCCUUGGCCACCAUGGUUGAGCGAAUCAAAAGGCACCUAAAACUGUCUCAUGUCCGCCUUGCUCUUGGUGUGGGGAGAACCUUAGAGUCCCAGGUCAAAGUCGUGGCCCUGUGCGCUGGUUCUGGGAGCAGAGUCCUGCAGGGGGCGGAGGCCGACCUUUACCUCACAGGUGAGAUGUCCCAUCACGAUAUUCUGGAUGCUGCUUCCCAGGGAAUAAACGUCAUCCUCUGUGAACACAGCAACACUGAACGAGGCUUUCUUUCUGAUCUUCGAGAUAUGCUGGGUGCUCACUUGGAGAAGAAGAUUAAUAUUAUCCUGUCAGAGACAGACAGGGACCCUCUUCAUGUGGUAUAAUGCAUACAGGAACAACAGGAUGACACAGUCCGCAAAUUGAUUGGCACCCAGCUCGAAUGCAUAAUAUGAAUCAGUGGAGUUGGUUUGGUAUCCUUCGGAAGAAUGUCUUAGAAUGUACAUUAUCAGGGCCGGCCCCAUGGCCGAGUGGUCAAGUUUGCACGUUCUGCUUCGGCGGCCCAGGGUUUCGCUGGUUCGAGUCCUGGGCGCGGACAUGGCACUGCUCAUCAAGCCAUGCUGAGGCAGCAUC